CCGAGGGCCGGUUUGGUUGCGCAGGGUGGGUGGUUGCGGGGCCGCAGCGUCGAGUGUGACUGAGCCGGAGCAGCGUCCCCCGCCCGGCGGCCCCGCCCCGCCCCGCCCGGCCAUGGAGUCCUACGACAUCAUCGCCAACCAGCCCGUGGUCAUCGACAACGGUUCCGGGGUUGUCAAGGCUGGCUUUGCUGGUGACCAGAUCCCGAAAUACUGCUUCCCGAACUAUGUGGGGCGCCCAAAGCACGUCCGGGUCAUGGCGGGGGCGCUGGAGGGGGAUCUCUUCAUUGGCCCCAAAGCAGAGGAGCACCGGGGCCUGCUGUCCAUCCGCUACCCCAUGGAGCACGGCAUCGUCCGGGACUGGAACGACAUGGAGCGGAUCUGGCAGUACGUGUACUCCAAAGACCAGCUGCAGACCUUCUCCGAAGAGCACCCAGUUCUCCUGACGGAAGCCCCCCUAAAUCCCUGCAAGAACCGUGAGAAGGCGGCCGAGGUUUUCUUCGAGACCUUCAACGUUCCAGCGCUUUUCAUCUCCAUGCAGGCCGUCCUCAGCCUCUACGCCACGGGCCGCACGACGGGGGUGGUGCUGGAUGCGGGGGAUGGCGUCACGCACGCGGUGCCCAUCUAUGAGGGCUUCGCCAUGCCGCACUCCAUCAUGCGGGUGGACGUGGCCGGGCGGGACGUCUCGCGCUACCUCCGCCUGCUGUUGCGCAAGGAGGGCUACGACUUCCACACCUCGGCCGAGUUUGAGGUGGUCAAGAUGAUAAAGGAGCGGGCCUGCUACCUGUCCAUUAACCCCCAGAAGGACGAGGCACUGGAGACGGAGAAGGUGCUCUACAGCCUGCCGGACGGGAGCACGCUGGAGGUGGGCCCGGCUCGCUUCCGAGCCCCUGAGCUGCUCUUCCAGCCGGACCUGGUGGGGGAUGAGAGCGAAGGGAUCCAUGAGGUCCUGGCCUUUGCCAUCCAGAAAUCCGACAUGGACCUGCGGCGGACGCUCUUCGCCAACAUCGUGCUGUCCGGCGGCUCCACACUCUUCAAAGGGUUUGGGGACCGGCUGCUCAGCGAGGUGAAGAAACUCGCCCCAAAGGAUGUCAAGAUUAAGAUCUCUGCCCCGCAGGAGCGACUGUACUCCACGUGGAUCGGCGGCUCCAUCCUGGCCUCGCUGGACACCUUCAAGAAGAUGUGGGUGUCGAAGAAGGAGUACGAGGAGGACGGGGCACGGGCCAUCCACCGCAAGACGUUCUAGGGCAGCAACUCAAUGACCUGCCCCAGAGCGAGGCGAGGGGCCAGCGGGCGCCUGGAGGGGCAGAGCUCAGCUCUCUAGCCCCGGGCUAGCAGCCUGUGUCUGUAUCUCGGCUUCUCCCCUCACCCCCCUGCCGGAGCCCUGGACCCCGACGCCCACGCAGUGGCAGUCAAAGCAACUAGCGGCCCCCGCCCAAGCCUGGCUGCAUUGUACAAAACUGAACACAGUUGCCUGUAUUUUUUUUUGUAAAUUCAUUAUAGUAAUAAUUAUAAAUUAA